AUGCUGGAGAUGCUGGAGAUGCUGGAGCCGCGGCUGCAGGAGGUCGCGGAGGGGCUGGGGGCGCCGGCCACCCCUCACGGCCCCUCGGGCGCCGCAGGGCUGGACCACGAGCUGGCCUUCUCCAAGAUCAUCGUGGAGCUGCGCAAGAGGCACCCGGGCCACAUCCUGCCGGACGAGGACCUGCAGUGGGUGUUCGUGAACGCGGGCGGCUGGAUGGGCUCCAUGUGCCUCCUGCACGCCUCGCUCACCGAGUACGUGCUGCUCUUCGGCACCGCCGUCGACACCGGCGGGCACUCGGGUCGGUACUGGGCAGAUAUCUCUGACACCGUCAUCUCGGGGACCUUCCGGCAGUGGAAAGAGGGAACCACCAGAAGCGAGAUCUACUACCCAGGGGACACCAUCGUGCACCAGGCGGGAGAGGCCACGUCCGUGCAGUGGAGCGCGGGCACCUGGAUGGUGGAGUACGGCCGGGGCUUCAUCCCCUCCACGCUCGCCUUCGCCCUGGCCGACACCCUCUUCAGCACUCAGGACUUCGUCACCCUCUUUUACACCCUGCGGGCCUACGCCAAGGGGCUGCUCUUGGAAGCCAAUGCCUUCUUCAGCACCAUGGCUUGCUGAACCCGGGUGCUCCUCUCCUGCCAGCCUUCCUC